AUGUCCCGGCUGCGCCUCUGGCUCCUCCUUACCUGGCAACCGUUGUGGCUUUUGGUUCAGGCAGCUCAGUCUCUGGAGUGGGCCCAGGGCCCUGUCCAGUUGACCUCGGACCCCCCAGGGCUGACUGAGCCCUGGUCUUCACACUCCUCUGACUUCCCGCCCGAAUCGCCCCAUGCACUCACACCCGUGGCAGAGCCGGGGGUUUUUAAUUACUUGACUUCCUCCUCUCCAGACCACAUGUUGGCCCUGCCUCAUGAGGAUCUGAGUGAGACUCUGGUUCCAUACCUGGACUCGGAUUCAGCUGGAGAGCUGUUGGCAGAGCCAGAUAAGUUUGCUAUUCUACACGAGGAUCUGGAUGACAAGCUAACCCAGCAUCAAAAGCUCCCAGCAGCAGUUCCAGUGCUAGAUUGGGAUCAGAAUCAAGCCUUGGUUCUGCCUCCUCAACACAAAAGUAAGGCUAAAACUGUAGGUCUAGAUCAGGCUGAAAAUCACCAAUCAUUUGAAAUACUUGUUCCACCUCUAGGUAGUAAGAGCUCAAAACCAACGAAGUUUAUUGUUUCACCCUCAAACCUGAAGAAAGAUCUUGUUAAGCAUCGACCUCUUGCCAAAGUUGUUGUUGGAACUACAAGACAACUUGGAAAAAAAAAUCAGGGUCUAGAAGAACUGCAGGAUGAUUAUUUAGAUUCCAAUAUGGAUGCCUUUUAUCCUGAGGAGAGCCUACCUACGGAUUUUCUGGGGAGCCCAGAUCAACCUCCAGAGCCCCCUGAGGUUGAAAUUUCUUCAUCUCAGCAGGCGUACCACACUCGCCGACCAUUGCCCACCGAGCAGUUGGAAUCUUUAUCCCAACAAGAGUCGCCUGAGGAGGCUGAAUCUUUUUCAUCCCAGGAGGAGGCCCAGGCUCAGCAUCUGGAGCCCACUGAAGAGGUAGAACCACCUCUACUUCAACAGGAGGCUCUGUCUCAGCCUUCAGAGGCCCCUGAGGAAGUAGAAACCUCAAGCCCUGAGGAGGCCCUAGCCCAGCCUUUGGAGACACCUAAGGAGACUGUAGCUCGACCAGUAGCACAUCAUAAAGUUCAGCAGUCACGCUUGCACAAUGUCACUGUUAAACCUCUGGAUCUGGUGCUUACCUUGACUCCAGAGGUCACUAAAGAGGUGGAACCUUCUCCAGUCCAGCAGGAGGUCCUAUCUCAGCCUCUAGAGCACUUUGAGGAGGUUGAACCUCUUCCAGCCCAACAGGAGGGCCCAUCUGAGUUUCCAGAGCAACAGGAAGGGGUUGAAACUCCAGUCCAGCCGGAGGACCUAUCUCAGCCUGCAAAGCACCCUGAGACAGUUGCAUCUGUGCUCCAUCAAGAGACCCCAACUCAAGCUCCAGGGUUCCCUACUGAGUAUGUACUCCAAAUUCCAAUUAGCGACGAGGUAAUAGUUCAACAUGGCAUUCAACAUCAGGUUCAUUCAGACCUGCGCAAUGUUACAUUUCAACCUCAUAAUUUGAAACUUGCCAUCACUCCUACAAUCAUUAAGAAAAGUAAAUUUCCUGCAACUCAGCAGAAGCCUCCAGAGACCCUGGGGGAGGUUGAACUUUCAAGUGAGCGGGAGCAACCAGCUCAGCCUUCUGAGCUUACUGGGGAAGUUGAAGCUAUUCCAAGCCAGCAGGAGACCACAGGCCAGAACCCCGAGGAAGUGGAGCCUUCUUCAAGUGAACAGGAGCAACUAACUCAGCCUUCUGAGCCUACUGGGGAAGUUGAACCCUCUCUCACCCAGCAGGAGACCCUGACUCAGCUGUCAGACUCUUUUGGACAUGAGCAACCAGCUCAGCCUCCAAAGGACACCAACGAUGCUGCUACUCAACCUUUAGUAGAGAAUGAGAAUGUAGGAUCUUCUCCAAACCAAGAGGAGUUCCCAGCCCCACCCCUUAAAGAGAUAGAACCUUCUCCAGCCCAGCAGGGCUCCCCAUCUCAGCCUCCAGUGCCACCUACAGAGGUUGUAGCACAAGCUCCAAUGCUUUAUGAAGUGACAGUUUCAACACCAGGACAGGAUCAGACUCAUCAUUCAAACUUAACCAGUGCCACCAUCAAACCUUUGGCCCAGAAGCCUACCAUAACUCCAGAACCUUCUACACCCCUGGAGGCGACAAUUCCUAAUCCAGAGCAGGUUCAGGUUCAACAUCCAACCUUGACUGAGGUCACAGUUCAACCUUUGGACCUUGAACUGAGCAUAAAGCCAGAGCCUACCAAGGAGGAAGAACCUUCUCCAACCAUGCAGGAGCUACCACCUCAGCCUGUAGAGCCACCUAAGGAGGUUGUGGCUGAUUCAACUCCAGGCCAGUAUCAAGCUCAGAAUCCAACACUGCCGAGCAUCACAGUUCAGCCUCUCAACCCGGAGCCUACUGUAACUCCAGAGCCUACUGUAGAAGUUGAAUCUUCUACAGCUCUUCGCCCCAAACCCCCUGAGGUGACACUUCCAAAUCCAGAGCAAGUUCAGUCUCAAUUGACAGAAUUCAAAUUUAAACCUUUGGACCUGGAACUUACCAUAACUCCAGAAUCUACGAAUGAGGCUGAAUCUUCUGCAGCCAUGCAGGAGACCCCAGCUCAGCAUCCAGUGCAGCAAGAGGUGACUGUUCCAAUGCCAGCUCAGAGCCAACUGCUGCCCAGUGUCACAGUUCAACCAUCGGGCCAGAGGCCUAACACAACUCCAGAACCUACGACAGAGGCUGAAUAUUCCACAGGCCUACAGCAGACUGCAGCUAUUCCACCAUACCCCGAGUUAACACAGCCACAUCCAAAGCCAGUUCAGUCUCAGCGCCCAGCCUUGAGUGGGGUCACCUUCCAAUCUUUGGACCUGGAACUUACACUAACUCCGGAAUCCACUGUGGAGGUUGAACCUUCUCCAACUGCACAGCAGACCCAAGCUCAGCCUCCGGACCUGGAGCUUACCGUAACUCCAGAGCCUGCUACAUCUGAACAUUCUACUGCCCUGCCACAGACCACAGCUCCUCCUCCAGAACAGCCUGAGGGGACAGUUGCCCAGCCAAACCUGACUGAAGUCACGAUUCAGCCUAUGGACGUGGAAGUUAACGUUACCGCAGUGAAUAAUACGGAGGCUGAACCUCCUCCAACCCUUCAGGAGACCCCAAGCAAGGAUCAAAGAAAGAAGCAACCAGUACAGAAUGCCACCACAACCAUCAAUGUAUGUAAGCUCUGUACCUGCAAAGACGAGACGCUGUCAUGUGUUGGUCUGAGUGCAAAGCAGAAGCUCCACAGAGUGCCUGAGCCAGGGCCCAACUCCUACAAUGGCACCUUCACCAUCUUAAAUUUCCAAGGAAACUAUAUUUCUUACAUUGAUGAAAAUAUAUGGAAGGCAUACCGUUGGGCUGAGAAACUAAUUCUCAGUGAAAAUUCUUUGACUGAAUUACACAAGGACUCAUUUGAAGGCUUGCUAUCCCUCCAAUAUUUAGAUUUAUCCUGCAAUAAAAUACAGUCUAUUGAAAGACGUUCAUUUGAACCACUUCCUUUUUUGCAGUUUAUAAAUCUUGGUUGCAAUUUACUCACAGAACUGAGCUUUGGAACAUUUCAGGCCUGGCAUGGAAUGCAGUUUUUACACAAGUUAAUUCUCAAUCGUAAUCCUUUGACAGCAGUGGAAGAUUCGUAUCUUUUUAAAUUGCCAGCAUUAAAAUAUUUAGACAUGGGAACAACACAAGUGUCACUCACAACAAUUGAAAGCAUUCUCAUGAUGACCCUUGAAUUGGAAACACUGAUCUUACCUAUCCGAAUGGCCUGCUGCCUCUGCCAAUUUAAAAAUACUAUUGAGGUUGUCUGCAAGACAGUCAAACUGCACUGUGACAGUGAUUGCCUGACAAACGUCACAUUUUGUGAUGAGAACGCAUCCAUAGGGAGUGCAGAAGGGUCGUUCAUGAAGGUGUUACAGGCCCGGAAGAAGAGCACCAGCACAGAGCUGACCAUUGAGCCCGAGAGGGCGUCCUCAGACAAAAGUGCGGUCAGUCUGUCAGCCUUCAUGAAUGAGCAGCUGGACUUUAACGACGAAAGUGAUGUGAUCAGCGCACUGAACUACAUACUGCCUUAUUUCUCAGAGGGAAAUCUAGAAGAUGUUGAGUCAACAUUAUUGCCCUUCAUUCAACUUCUUUUUACAAAUGAAAACAGCCUAGCUGAGAUUGAGAGCCCAGGGCAAAGGCUGCUCAGAGCGAACAGGGUCCUCAAGCGCCCGAGGGGCCUACGGAAAAGGCACUUCAAAGAUGCGGGAGAUGAGAGCAGCGAGAAGAAACAGAAUGCCCAGCCAACUGUGGAGAACACUGCCAAAGAAAGAAGGCUCAGGAGGCCAUCCCCAAGGGAGCUGGACAAGCUGGCCAUGGUGCAGAGGCCCAGGAAGUUAGUGGGGAACUCCUUCAACACGGAGCCUGCGUUCAUAAACGAACGCAAGGCAGCAGUCUCUUCUUUCCUGAAGCAGUACUCUCGGGGCAGGCCUUCCGACCCCCUCCCUCCAAAACCCCAACCUGAGGUUCAAAACAAAUCCAAAGACUUAUCCUACACCAUUUUCAUUUUAGAAGAUGCCGAUGCUAGAGUGAGAAACAUGAAGUCUUCCAAACCAGUCUCGCAUUCCAGAAAAAAAUACCUCUUCCAUAAAACUCGCUCUCGGGUGGCCCACAAAACACCAAAGGCCAAAACUAGCCGAAAGCUGAGAAAGAAAGGUUCACUCAGUAGAAUGAUGCUGGCCAGAAGGCCUCUGUUCUCUGCAGUGAGGAGUCUCAUCAAUUCCCCUCCACGAGAGGCAUUUUCAUCUUCAGGAUUACUGGAUCCUCAGGAAAAUCGUUUUUCAGAAUUAUAUUCUCUUUCAGACCCUCCUAAAGAAAACUCUAGUUCAGUUAACAAUACUCCACAUGUUUCUGAAGCAGUUAUCUCUUCGGGAAACAAUACUCUGCCGAAAGAAACCAGACCUAGAAUCACUGCCCAUGGUAAUGUCUCCAGUGCACGUCCUACUGUUGCUGUGGACUUCAUGCCACCUGUUCAGCACACCAACGAAACACAAUGGGAGUACCACAACGUGGGCAUUGAGUUCGCCUCUAAGCCCCCCAGCAUCAGUUUCCCAGUGCUCUCCCCAGGCGAUCAGUUUGAAAGUCAGCUUAACCAGCAGCUACGGUCCCUCAUCCCCCACAACGAUGUGAGAAAACUCAUUGCUCACGUCAUCCGGACUUUGAAAAUGGACUGCUCUGAGACCCACGUGCAGCUGGCCUGCGCCAAACUCAUCUCCAGAACAGGCCUCUUGAUGAAGCUUCUCAGUGAGCAGCAAGAAAUAAAGGUGUCCAAGGCAGAAUGGGAUACGGACCAGUGGAAAACUGACAACUACAUCAAUGAGAGCACAGAAGCCCAGAGUGAACAGAAAGAGCAGGAGUCCAGUGAGCUCACAAAAGAAGUUCCAGGUUACGGCUAUAACAACAAACUCAUCUUGGCAAUAUCUGUGACUGUAGUAGUGAUGUUUUUGAUUAUAAUGUUCUGUCUCAUUGAGGAGGGCUUUUUCUGGAGGCGGCGGCCACUUUGGCUUCGGGACAUGUACAGGCCUCUCAACGCCACACGCAAGAAAAACAUGGCGCAGAAGCUGCACGACAAGGAGUCUUCAGAAGAGGAUGAGAUUUUCAAUAAGGAUGCAGGGGGGGCCCCUGCAGCACCGACAGAGGAGGCUCCUCCGGGUACAGACUCGGCUGCUGAAGAGCCAACGGGGGAGGAGAGCGAGGCAGCCGCCGACACCGCCACAGAGUGA